UUAACAGUCCACAUUUCCGAACGAGCUUCUCUCCGUCUAUAAAUUGAAACCCAGUAUCGGCUUUUGAUUUUUCUUUUUCUUCUUCAAGCUAUCUCGGUGGUCUCUGUUUUUCUUUUCUUUUCUUUUUUUUUUUCUUUUUCUUUUUUCUUUUAUAUCUAUUCAUGGCAUCACAAGGUAGCCUCCUUCUUCAGAAACAGCUCAAAGAUCUUUGUAAGAACCCGGUUGAUGGAUUCUCGGCCGGGUUAGUUGAUGAGAAUAAUAUCUUUGAAUGGAGCGUUACAAUUAUUGGGCCACCAGAAACUCUUUAUGAAGGGGGUUUUUUCAAUGCCAUCAUGAGCUUUCCACCUAAUUAUCCAAACAGCCCACCUACAGUAAAGUUUACUUCAGAGAUUUGGCAUCCAAAUGUAUAUCCUGAUGGUCGUGUUUGCAUUUCAAUUCUUCAUCCUCCUGGUGAUGAUCCGAAUGGUUAUGAGCUAGCCAGUGAACGAUGGAUGCCAGUGCAUACUGUUGAAAGUAUAGUUUUGAGUAUUAUAUCAAUGCUUUCCAGCCCUAAUGACGAAUCUCCUGCAAAUGUCGAAGCUGCAAAAGAAUGGAGAGAUAGGAGAGAUGAAUUCAAGAAGAAGGUCAGCCGCUGUGUUAGACGGUCACAAGAAAUGUUAUGAUCUGUGUACCAGAGAAAUACUUUCAUUUAUUGUGUGGGGGGAUCUGGGUGAUGUGCCGUGUACUUGUAGAAUGUGUCAUCCGAAGUCCUUACACUCUUAUCUUCGCCUUGAUCCUUGGACCAUGUCCCGUAAUUGUAUUAACUCAGAACUUUUGUAUUCACAAUCGUUUUUGGUUAGUGUUUGUUGAGGUUCUUCUUGAAUCUCAUUUUCUGUACCUGACUUUUUAUUCAAACAACAAUUUGUCUUCACUUAAAUGUUUGGUGUUCUAAUCAGUCUCUUAAGAUUAAGUUUG